AAAAAAAAUACUGAGUUUGCAGCUAAGAAGUGUUGAGUUGAGUUCCAUUUUGCUUUCAAUUCAAGUAUUCAAUCAUUUGUUACAACAUCUCCAUCUCCAUCUUCCAUCCUUCACUCUCACUCCACCCAUUCAUUCAUUCAAAUCAAAAUUCAUUCACAAUUUCAAACAAAUAUUCCACAAAUUCAAGAUCCAGGUUUGGAAGAUGAAAGAUAACAAUUCUUCACCAGAUCUAAUUGGGCCAAAUGCUAUAAAGAUUAUAAGCAAUGUGGGCUUCUCUAUUUUUGUGUUUUCAGUACUCAUGUUUACAAUAGUUGCUAUAACAUAUCAACCCCCUGACCCAUGGGAAUCCUCAAGAGCCCUCACAAAGGUUUUCACUGAGGUUUCAAAUGCUACAUUCCAGAUCGAUAAUUCCGUUGUUAAAACCGGUGAAGAUGUUGGUAUGGAGCCCGUUAGCCCGGUUGCAGCCCCCGAAAAUCCACCCGUAGCCCGGCCCGGCCCGGUUCAGAUACCGGAAUCCGUUAGCCCGUCUGCGUUUGAUGGGCCCGUAGCCCAGCCCGGCCCGUUAGUUGAAAAAUCAGCCCCUCGGGCCCAGCCCGGCCCGUUUGAGAAAACGGGUGAUGUUAGCCCGUCUGCAUCCAUUGCAGACGGACCUGUGGCACGACCGGGCCCGUUUGAGAAAACGGGCCCGGUUAGCCCGUCUGCAUCCUCUGUGGAUGCACCAGUGGCCCAACCCGGCCCGUUUGAGAAAACGGGUGAUGUUAGCCCGUUUGCAUCGAUUGCAGACGGACCUGUGGCACGACCGGGCCCGCUUGAGAAAACGGGCCCGGUUAGCCCGUCUGCAUCCCCUGCGGAUGCACCUGUGGCCAAACCCGGCCCGUUGGUUGAGAAACCGAGUGAGAGUGUGAGCAUUGCUUCGGAUAGUUGUGAUGAUAAAAGUGUGGUGAAUUGUUCUGCACCGGGGGUUUUGAGGGCGAUCAAGAAGUUUAACGUGAAACGGUUUAGAUCGAUAGUGUUUCUGGAGUAUCAAACGCCGGUAAACGGGUCGAACCCGAAUGAGUGUGAUGUGACAUGGAGAUACCGGAACAGAAAGGAGAGAUCUUGGAGAAAGUAUAGAGAUUUCCGGAGGUUUAAACUCGGGUAUGGCGAAAACUGUACUUACAAAGUGGUAAACGCGAAGGGGUGGCAUUCGGGUGUCAACGCAAGACGUCCACGAAGUCAAAGUCGACUAAACGCCACAAGAAAAGGCGAAAAGCCGAAGAUCGUGACAACAUUCCGUGAUGAUCAAAUCAACGACACGAUUCCGGUUAUGGGAUCGGGUAAUGCUUUUAGAUACGGGAAGUAUUUGUAUUAUUCGCGCGGCGGGGAUUAUUGUAAGAACAUGAAUCAAUACAUAUGGAGCUUGUUGUGUGCUCUCGGUGAAGCUCGAUACUUAAACCGCACGUUUGUAAUGGAUCUAAACGUCUGCUUAUCGUCGAAACAUACUUCAAGCAACCGAGACGAAGAAGGAAAAGACUUUAGAUUCUAUUUCGAUUUCGAGCAUUUGAAAGAAACCGCUUCGAUAGUGGAAGAGCAAGAGUUUCUUAAAGACUGGAAAAAAUUCGAGAAAAACCGUAAGAAAAAGAUCCCGGUUAGGAAAGUUACGACUUACAAAGUUACACCGAUGCAGCUAAAGAACGAUAAGAGCACGAUUAUAUGGAGGCGGUUUGAUAAGCCCGAGCCCGAAAACUAUUGGUACCGCGUUUGUGAAAAUCAAGCGGCAAACUACAUCAAAAGACCAUGGCAAUCUUUAUGGAAAUCAAAGAGGAUUAUGAACAUAGUUUCGGAGAUUAGUGGGCAAAUGGAUUGGGAUUAUGAUGCGGUUCAUGUGAUUAGAGGCGAAAAGGCGCAAAACAAAGCAAUGUGGCCUCAUCUUAAUGAAGAUACGUCACCCGAAUCGUUAGUUUCAAAGCUUCAAGGGGUUAUUCAGCCGUGGCGGAAUCUUUACAUUGCGACAAACGAGCCGUUUUACAACUAUUUUGAUCGGUUAAGGUCGUAUUACAAGGUGCAUUUGCUUGAUGAUUAUAAGGGGUUGUGGGGGGAUAAGAGUGAAUGGUAUAACGAGACGUUGGUUUUGAACGGUGGUCGGCCUGUCGUGUUUGAUGGGUAUAUGCGCGCUGAGGUUGACACCGAGGUGCUUUAUAGAGCCAAGACGCGAGUAGAGACGUUUUACAAUUUGACUAAAGACUGUAAGGAUGGUAUUCAUACUUGUUGAUUUAAGAUAGCUUUAUGUAUUCAUGUUUUGAUCUAUUGUUUGUAAAAUAGUAAAUCAUAAGACAAUGUUUGUUGAUUGAACUAAAA